AAUUUCAUCCUACUUUAGUUAGUCAGUCCUCUCCGAUCUCCGACGUUCAUAGCACACAUCUAGUGCUACAUCCCAUCCCACACUGCAGUUUGUCGUCAUUCUUUCGACAUCAUUUUCUAAACAACCAUCAAUCGCAUCCUCAGUUCCUGGAUUGAUACGCACUAUGAGGGAGUAAAUUUAUAACCGUGAUAACUCGUGGAAGAUUGCGAUUACAAAACUGGGGAUUUCACUGCGAUGAGGUAGAAAAACUGUGCACUGGUGGAAUAAUUUUUGGCAGUUCACGCGUCAUGCGCAUUGCGUAUUCGAAAGGACAUCAAGGUGUGUGCUUGUACCUGCCAAUAGCUUACGCGACAUGCUAGUAUGAAUGAAUAACAUCACCUGUUUGGUGUGGCAGUCAACCAAGUGCUUUAUUAGAGUUUGUCGUCAUGACAAUGUUACUUCGUACACAGUUGGUUCGAUAGAUUUAGUUUGGAUUUAUAAUUACAACCCAGUCAGCCUACAGAUCCGUUCCUCAGAAUGUUACCAGCCGAUCCACGUAUGAUAUUUAAAUUGUUUAACUACUUCUAUCUGCUGACGAGACCCUUCCUAAAAUGGAUCUUGCACCGUUUCACCAACCUGUGCGAACUGCAACGGAUUUGCUAUGGCUGUGCGCCGGGCGCGCUGCGAACCAAGAAGGUUCAAACUUCGCUGGAGCUCUCCAGAAGGCCCCGGAUCAGGCAGAUGAUAGUGAUUUUGAAUGAACUAGUCAACCGGGAUGUCGACGAGUACUUCCUGAUGGAAGAGAUACACACUCGAGCGAUUGGAACGGUACUUCAGGUCAAGAAGAUAAAUCCCAAGGUGCACAUUGACUUCCCGAGGACUUUUGGAGUUUGUGCUGAGAAAAUUUGGAGCUACAAGAGGUUGGUCUGCUUGGUGGAACAGCUGAGGAGCACACAGUAUGAUUCGGAAAAUCCCGAACACGAGAAAAAGUUGCUAACCUUAUGGAAGCUACUGAUGGGCGACGAUGAACCGUUGGAAAACAGGAUUUCUAAUCAAUGGCAGGAUAUUGGCUUUCAGGGCGACGAUCCAAAGACUGACUUCCGCGGCAUGGGCGUCCUCGGGCUGGACAAUCUGGUGUUCUUCGCGCGCGAAUACAACGGAGCUGCGCGGCAUCUGUUAUCGCACUCACACCACCCCACGCACGGCUACUUCAUGGCCAUCGUCGGUAUCAACCUUACGUCGAUGGCUUAUCAUCUGCUUAAGUCCGGCGUGGCGCGAACGCACUUCUACAAUCAGCCCCGGCUAUCGAUCGAAACGUUUCAUCACUUUUAUUGCUAUUUAUUUUUCGAAUUCGAUCGGUACUGGGUGGAGUGCAAACCGAAGAGCAUAAUGGACUUCAGCUGGAUACAGAAAAAGUUCGAAGAAAACAUCCGAAAAUUGUUGACCAGUGAUAGCUGCUGCUUCAAAAUGAAUUUGCUAGUUGAAAACAUUUGAGAGUUACGAGUUACGCUUUCCGUGCUUUAUUUUUAGUGUAGUUUCGAAUCAAUAUUUAUAGCAAAGUGUGAUUUAGUUUAUGCUGUAUGCACAGUUGAUAGUAAGAGGUAAUGGCAAAGAAUAAAGUGAUAAAUUAUUUCUAAAUAAA